GGUGCAUUUUCGGUGCAUUCCACGCCGUGAUGGUGGCUUUGAUAAAUAUCGACAUUCCGCGGGUCGCGAGAAAAGUGUGUAAUGACGCAUAAAAUGGAAUUAUAGUCAAUUUUCGAAUUAAGUCUAUUUGCCGUUCAUAAUAAGCAAGCCUGACGGCGCCGCGAAGGAAAUAUCGCGACUCUCGAUUGGUCGCGUCGGGGAUCGAUAAAGUCAAGUCUAUCGUUGCGCGCAGGUUUGCGUCGCAUGCGAUUUCACUGCUACGUGCCUAACCGCCGUCGAAAUGUCAGCAACGAUGACAGCCAAGCUCCAGGAUGACAUGAACAGUAUACCAUUAGCCGACGAUGAUCCUCAAGUGAUAAUACCAGAAGAAGAAAUUUUGGAUAAUGCCUCACAUAUAUCAGAUGCAUUAGGCAGAGGACGUAGUAUGGAUUCUAUUCCAUCGACAUUUACUAAUGGGAGCUGUAGUCCAAAUAGUUUAGAUCCAGACAUUAGCCCAGAUGAGCAAGAAGAGAAAGCUAGACUGAUCGCACAGGUCCUUGAACUGCAAAAUACUUUAGAUGAUCUGUCACAGAGAGUGGAUAGUGUGAAGGAGGAGAAUCUCAAAUUAAGGAGUGAGAACCAAGUUUUGAGCCAGUACAUUGAGAAUUUAAUGUCAGCAUCCAGUGUGUUUCAGUCGACAAGUCCUAACACCAAGAAGAAGUGAAAUACUGAAAUAAUUAAAUAACUUAGAGAAAUUGUAAACAAGCUACAGUGAUCUUGAAAUAAUUGUGAUUCUUUCGACUGUUUUGGAAAGUAUAUGCGCACGCGCGCUUAAUUACAAGAUUUUAGCUUAGCAAAAGACACCGCGAUGUUUUUAAAAGUAUCUGUCGAUAUAUUGCUUAAUUUGCUUUUGUUAGCUUGUACAUAUUUCUUAUGAAGGAGAAGGAAUAUCCCUUAAAAACUCCACUUUUUCUCAGCCGAAUAAUCAAAAUAUUUUUUUUUAUAAUUAAGACUAUUUAUAAUGCAUCCACUGUGAUUGUGACUUGAAAACACGCUUGGAAUGCUUAUAAUUAUUAUUAUGCACCUCUGAAGAAAACAGUUUUUCUUUUUCACAAUCUUUAAAAUAUAAAUACUUAGUAAAUUUUUAAAGAAGGAAACGUUACUAAAUAAUAAUUUAUUAUUAUUAUAUACCAUACGAAACACGAUUAAUUUUAUUAGGAUUAGGUUAAUUCCUAUGAAAUUAAUAAGAAUAAUAUAUUUGUUAUCGUUCUACCGUCUGUCAAAGAUAAUAUGAUUUAUUUACCUCGAAUAUUUUCCAUAUUAGCGGGUAUAUAAUGUAAAGUAAAAAUGGAAGCGGAAGAAUCUUUAAAUAAUUUGAUAAUUGUAUUUUUUAUUAUUUAUUUAAAACAUAUUGGUAACUUUAAUUAUUUAUCGUUUAUUCUUUGCAUUUAUCCGAAUCUUCAAAAAUUUAUUCGACAUGCACACUUCACGUUUGCAAUGCAAAACUAAAUAUUGAAGCAUUCGAAGUCACGUACUUCUCGCGUUGGAGAAUGUUUUCUUUUUUCAUAGAAAACUUUUGCUUGAAAAUUUCGACAUAUUUAUACAUAUAUGCAUUGUAUGUAGAUGUACAAAAGAGAUGACGUAUAAUUAUAUACAAUUAUAAUAUGCUAUAAUAUAUUAUGACAAAUUGAUAUUCGCGUAUACGCUACAAGCAAGAUGGCCGCCAUUUUUCGCUGUUUACGACGGAACGAUUUUCAAGUUACAUAAACCACAAAUUAUGCAAUCAUCUUGCUUGUAAGCGUAUCGAUUUGGCGAUUGAUAUAUGUUAACAAAUAUAUAUUUACUGCAAAAUGAAGAGAAACUGCGACUUGCGAUAGAGUUUCAGUUUGAGGGCACAAGCAGAAUGCACAAUCCCAAAUUAUCCCAUUGUUGAGUGACACAGUGUUAUAAUAAACAUUAUAUUCUAUUGGAA